AUGGCAUCUUACAGCGAGGACGCAAAAGAGCAACCGGUCGGUCAUGGAGAGGACGUGAUCGAGACCCGCCAUGAGCCCAUCACCGGCCCAGAAUCGCCAGGAACAACCAUCGCCAGUCCGUCGCAGCUGAGCCUCGAGGGAAGAUGGGGCGAACAGACGGAAGGAGAGCCCGUCUCCCGCCACAACGCAAUGGAGGACUACGAAGAGAUGCGCAGGGAGUUGACUCGCCUCAGUUUGGAUAGGCCACGUUCACAGGCCUCUCGCAGAUCUCGUACCCGUCCCCUCAGUCGAUUGAUCUCUGCCGUGUCGCAGAGAAGCCGGCCCGGGGAGCGAGACGUAGAGGGAUCUUUGUCGGAUUCAGAUGUCACGGCCCACAAUGAAUUCGAUCUAGGAGAGUUCCUGAUGGGUGGAACGCUUGAGCGAAGGACUACCUCUGGAGAGCCGACUAAGAAGGUGGGAGUUGUUUUUAAGGGUUUAACGGUCAAGGGUGUGCAGGCUUCGGCUUCGUUUGUCAAAACACUCCCUGAUGCAGUGAUCGGCACCUUUGGACCCGAUUUAUACCACCUCGUCCAGCGAUUUAUCCCAAGUCUGCGAUUUGGUAGAGCCCCACCGACUAGGAAUCUCAUUAAUGACUUUACUGGUGUUGUUCGGGAUGGAGAGAUGAUGAUGGUUCUGGGCCGACCUGGAGCUGGAUGCUCGACUUUCCUCAAGGCAGUGGCCAACUAUCGUGCAAGUUUCGCCGGCGUAUCAGGAGAAGUCAGCUACGGAGGUAUUUCUGCUGAAGAGCAGGCGAAGCAUUUCCGCGGCGAAGCUAUCUAUAACCCCGAGGACGACCAGCAUUUUGCGACACUGACUGUCGAGCAGACUCUGAAGUUCUCACUUAUGAAUAAGACGAAGAAACGGGACCGUUCGACUGUGCCGAUUAUUGUUGACUCUUUGCUGAAAAUGUUCGGCAUUACACAUACCAGAAACACGCUGGUUGGAAACGAGUAUGUUCGAGGUGUAUCUGGAGGUGAACGCAAACGUGUUAGUAUCGCGGAGACUCUGGCAACUAAAUCGACGGUGGUCUGCUGGGAUAACUCGACCAGAGGUUUGGAUGCGAGCACUGCGUUGGACUAUGCGAAAUCGCUGCGCAUUAUGACCGAUAUCAGCAGACGGACUACCUUUGUCACCCUCUAUCAAGCUAGUGAAGGAAUUUUCGAGCUGAUGGAUAAGGUUCUUGUUAUCGACCAAGGAAGGAUGCUUUACCAGGGUCCUGCUCGUGAAGCCAAGCAGUAUUUCGUUGACCUUGGAUUCUACUGCCCAACUCAGUCUACAACUGCCGAUUUCCUCACCUCGCUUUGUGACCCCAAUGCGCGUGAAUUCCAAGAAGGCAAGGAAGCUUCUACACCAAAGACCGCCGAAGAGCUAGAAGCCGUCUUCCGAAAAAGCAAUUCUUACAAACGCAUUCUCGAAGAUGUUGCCGAUUACGAACAGCAAUUGCAUGCAACCGAACGAGCAGACACCAAGCGCUUCCAACACACGGUUGGUCAGUCCAAAAGUAAAACUGUUUCUAAAAAAUCCCCAUACACGGUGUCAUUUCCCAAGCAAGUCGCAGCCUGUGUUAGACGCGAGGUUUGGCUGCUAUGGGGAGACAAGACGUCAUUGUACACCAAAUUCUUCAUCAUUAUUGCGAAUGCCUUGAUUGUUAAUUCUUUGUUCUACGGCCAAUCCCUUGAUACCAGUGGCGCAUUUUCUAGAGGAUCAACUCUGUUCUUCUCGGUGCUUUUUCUUGGCUGGCUCCAAUUAACCGAAUUGAUGCCAGCUGUUUCAGGACGCACGAUGAUCCAGCGCCACAAAGACUAUGCCUUUUACCGACCGUCUGCAGUAUCCAUAGCUCGAGUUGUCGUCGACUUUCCAUUCAUUUUUGCCAUGGUAGUGGUCUUCGGCGUGGUCACAUAUUUUUUGUCGGGCUUAGAUGUUGAUGUUUCCAAAUUUUUCAUCUUUUUGCUCUUUGUGUACACCACCACUAUUUGCAUCACCUCGAUGUACCGGAUGUUCGCAUCUCUAUCUCCGACGAUUGACGAUGCAGUACGUUUCAGCGGAAUCGGGCUGAACUUGCUGGUUAUUUUCGUUGGUUACGUUAUUCCCAAACCUACAUUGAUCAACUCCUCGAUCUGGUUCGGCUGGCUAUUUUACAUUAACCCGAUCGCGUAUGCUUACGAAGCGGUCCUGACCAAUGAGUUCUCCAACCGUGUGAUGGAAUGUGCCCCCUCCAUGCUCGUCCCACAAGGGCCUGAUGUCGACCCGAAUUACCAGAGUUGCUCUCUGCCAGGUUCCUCACUGAACGAGAAGAGUGUAACAGGCGCGGCAUAUCUCGGAACCUCUUUUGGGUUUACACGACACCACCUUUGGCGCAAUUUUGGUGUUCUGAUUGCCUUCACCGUGCUCUACAUUUUGAUCACGGUGAUUGCAAACGAAACGCUAGGCUUUGGACAGGGAGGUGGCGGUGCUUUAGUCUUUAAAAGGUCGAAGCGCAGUAAACAACUAGCCCAAGCCGAGACGAAGACUUCUGACGAAGAGGGUGCAAAGGUUAUUGGGAACGAGUCGCCUGUCAAUGGAUCUGGACAGUCUGAGAAGGAGAAUGGAGACAUUGGGGCCUUGUCAACCAGCGACCGAAUCUUCACUUGGUCAAAUGUCGAGUAUACAGUUCCCUACGGCAGCGGUCAGCGAAAACUGCUUAAUGGAGUCACUGGGUAUGCGAAACCGGGCGUAAUGAUUGCAUUGAUGGGUGCGUCUGGAGCAGGAAAGACAACAUUGCUAAACACAUUGGCGCAGCGACAAAAAGUUGGCCAGGUUAGCGGAGAUAUGCUCGUUGAUGGAAAGACGCUCGGCCCUGAAUUCCAACGCGAAACAGGUUUCUGUGAGCAAAUGGACGUGCAUGAUGGGACGUCCACAAUUCGUGAGGCUUUGGAGUUUUCUGCUAUCCUCAGACAAGACCGCAAUAUCCCUCGCCAGGAAAAGAUCGACUACGUCAAUCGUAUUAUCAAUUUGCUCGAAUUGGAGGAAAUCCAGGAUGCAAUUAUCAACUCUCUCGGCGUGGAACAGAGGAAGCGUGUCACGAUUGGCGUUGAAUUAGCGGCCAGGCCUAACCUACUGCUCUUCCUUGACGAGCCUACCAGUGGUCUCGACAGCCAGGCAGCAUACUCGAUUGUUCGAUUCUUGCGCAGAAUCUGCGACGCUGGGGGUGCUAUUGUGUGCACAAUCCACCAGCCUUCGUCCAUGCUCAUCCAACAAUUCGAUCUGAUCCUCGCCCUCAACCCUGGCGGCAACACGUUCUUCUUCGCACCUCCUGACUCCGUGGUUGACUACUUCUCCAAACGUGGCGUUGUUCCUCCCGAGCACAAGAAUGUCGCCGAAUUCAUCUUAGAAACAGCCGCAAAACCAGUUGUCAGAAACGGGCGGAGGAUAGAUUGGAACGAUGAAUGGCGCCAGUCCGCCGAGAACGAGAAACUGAAACAGGAAAUCCAACGCAUCUCGGAAGAACGAAGCAAACUCCCGGCUCUCGUCGAAUCUGGUGAACAGACCGAAUACGCAGCCCCAGUCACGCUGCAGAUUUACAUGCUUACCAAACGGUUAUUCCUGCAGUAUUGGCGAGACCCGGCGUACUACUACUCCAAGAUCUUUGUCAGCGUUAUCAUCGGUAUCUUCAACGGUUUCACCUUCUGGAAGCUCGGUAAUAGCGUUUCCAGCAUGCAAGACCGCAUGUUCUCAACCUUCCUGAUCAUCCUGAUCCCCCCCAUUGUCAUGAACAGCAUCCUGCCAAAGUUCUACAUGAACCGAGCACUAUGGGAAGCACGUGAAUACCCUAGUCGAAUCUACGGCUGGGUGGCAUUCAGCACUGCCAGCGUGGUGUGCGAAAUCCCCAUCGCCAUCGUAACCGCUGUCAUAUACUUCGUUCUCUGGUACUUCCCCGCCGGUCUUCCCACUGACUCCAGCACUGCCGGUUACACAUUCUUGAUGAGCCUGCUUUUCUUCUUCUUCCAGGCUAGCUGGGGACAAUGGAUCUGUGCCUUUGCACCAUCAUUCACGGUCAUUUCCAACGUCCUCCCCUUCUUCUUCGUCAUGUGUAAUCUAUUCAACGGUGUCGUCCGACCCUACGCUUCAUUCCCUGUAUUCUGGAAAUACUGGAUGUACUACGUGAACCCGGUAACAUGGUUCCUACGGGGCGUCUUCUCAGCCAUCCUGCCCUCGGUGCCCAUCAAAUGCCAACCCGAAGAAGCGACCUAUUUCAGCGCCCCACCAGGCCAAACCUGCGGCUCGUACGCAAACUUCACAACCGCCAUACAGGGCUACGUGACCAACCCAGACGCAACCUCCGACUGCAGUUACUGCCCGUACAAGGAUGGGCGCGAGUACAUGCACACGCUGAAUGUGCAGGAUGACGAUAAGUGGAAGUGCUUUGGCAUUUUCCUUGCCUUUGUCAUUAUCAAUUGGGCGCUGGUGUAUUUCUUCAUUUAUACCGUGCGUGUUCGCGGCUGGUCGUUUGGCAUGGGGUUUGUUUUUGGUGUGUUUGGCAUGGUCAUUGGAGGUGUGAAGCAGGCUGUGAUGGCGCCGUUUUCGAGGAAACAAUCGAAAGCUUAA